AUCCACUGUGAAUUACUGUCUAUACUCCCAUAAAUUACUGUUCCUGAAACGUCGAGCCGGUUCCUGAAAAUCCCAUUCAUCCGCUUCCCUUCCCGUCUGCAUCCCCAAUAUAACCAUCACCCCACACACACUCCCAGUCGCGCGCGCAGGCACACAUCCAACCAUCACCAAUGCCUCCUCCGGCUCGCCUCCUUCCCCUCCUCCUCGUCCUCCUCUUCCACCUCCCCGUCUCCCUCUCCUCCCGCCACCACCACCACAGCAACCCCUCCCCCUCACCGUCCGCCCCGCCGGCGUCCUCCGAUGCGGCGCCACUCGCCGUCCACCUGGCCUGCAACGCCACACGCUUCCAGCCCACCUGCGUCUCCACGCUCUCCAGCGCCGGCUCCGAUGCCUCCAUCUCCGACCUCCUCGCCGCCACGCUCUCCGCGCUCCGCGCGCGCCUCCCGCCCGCCGUCUCCACGGCCAAGUCCGUCCUCGCCGCCUCCUCCAACGUGAACCUGUCCAACGCCGCCACCAACUGCCUCACCUUACUCUCGAUCUCCUCCCACCGCCUCGCGCCGUCCCCCUCGCCGUCGCUCCUCUCGGCCUCCACCGCGCUCCUCCACCUCUACGACUGCUGGUCCGCCUACAAGUACGUCAACUUCUCCAGGACCGUCUCGGACGCCAUGGCCUACCUCGACGACACCAUCGCCGUCAACAGCAACUACAUCUCCAUGCUCGCCGCGCGGCAGCGCUACGGCGACGACACCUCCCGCUGGGCCCCGCCUCAGACGGAGCGCAACGGGUACUGGCCUCCCGCCGCGGCGGAGAGUUCCGCCGACGUGGACGCGCUGGGCGUGCCCAAGGGGCUCCCGGCGAACGUGACGGUGUGCGGCGCCGGGUGCGACUACAGGACGGUGCGGGAGGCGGUGGCGGCGGCGCCGGACUACGGCGCCGAUAUGUUCGUGGUGCACGUGAAGGAGGGUGUGUACAAGGAGACGGUAAGCGUGCCGUGGGAGAAGACGAACGUGGUGGUCGUAGGCGACGGCAUGGGAAGGACGGUCAUCACCGGCGACCUCAACGCCGACACGCCCGGCGUCUCCACCUUCAACACGGCCACCGUAGGCGUGCUCGCGGAUGGCUUCAUGGCGCGCGACCUGACGAUCGCCAACACCGCGGGUCCCGACGCGCACCAGGCCGUGGCGUUCCGCUCCACGGGCGACCGCACGGUGCUGGACACCGUGGAGCUCCUGGGCCACCAGGACACGCUGUACGCGCACGCCAUGCGACAGUUGUACACCCGGUGCCGCGUCUCCGGGACCGUCGACUUCGUGUUCGGCAACUCUGCAACCGUGCUGCACGACACCGCCCUCAUCGUCCUGCCGCGGCAGUUGCGCCCGGACAAGGGCGAGAACGACGCCGUCACGGCGCAGGGCCGCACCGACCCCGCCCAGCCCACGGGGAUCGUGCUCCGCGGCUGCGUCGUCAACGGCAGCGAGGAGUACCUCGCCCUGUACCGCCAGAAGCCCGAGGCUCACCGCGUCUACCUGGGCCGGCCCUGGAAGGAGUACUCCCGGACCGUGUACGUCGGGUGCACGCUCGCGGAGAUCGUGCAGCCGCGGGGGUGGAUGGCGUGGAACGGGGACUUCGCGCUCAAGACGUUGUACUACGGCGAGUACGACAGCGCUGGCCCCGGCGGCGGCGACGCCAGCCGGAGGGUGGCGUGGAGCAGCCAGGUGCCCAAGGGCCACGUCGACGCGUACAGCGUCGCCAACUUCAUACAGGGGCACGAGUGGAUACCCAAAGUGUAGCAAUACUCGUAGCAAGUAUAGUAUCAAAGGAAUAUGUACGAUGAACUAGUGGGCCGGUCGAUUGAGGCGGUGCCAGUGCCACUGACAUGAGAGUGUUGCAUACCACUAUGAAAAUGCAAGUGAAAAGAGUGGGAAACC